CGCGCAAUCUGUCUUUACGUGUCCCGGAUAUGACGCAGGACGCGCCGUAUUUAAACUUGUUUUCAUUAUCACGGAAGUGAAACAGGACCGUUUCCACAGACUGAUGCUGAUAUACUUCUACUACAAUUAAGCACUCAUUCUUGUCACAUCAGUCCAGACAUGGCGGCGAAGGGGGCCAAGGAGACUAUUGCAAAUAAACUGGGCUUUAAAAGCAGCAGCUCAAAAUCAGUGGAGAUGGAGAUCGAGAGACUGAAGAGAGAGAACCAGCAGCUGAAGAAGAGUCUGGAGGACACGAAGAGACAUCAAAACACACAACCAGACUCAGACAAAGCCAAGCUCCUAGAGAGGAUCGUGUCUCUUGAGUCGCUGAGGGAGAGGAGCUCGCAGCAGCUGCUGGAGAAGGAGCAGGAGAUCUCAGGUCUCAGACAGCAGCUGCGAGCCGAUCACGGAGACGUGGUGUCUUCACUGCACAGCCAGCUGCAGCAGAAACAACAUGAGGCUGAACAGAGAGAGAGACAGCUCCAGGAUCUCUCAAAGGAGACCCAAGACUUGAAAAACAAGUACUGUGCUGUUUCUGAGAGAUGUGACAUGCUUGAGAAACAAAAGGUGCCGUCUGGUGAGCUUGCGGUGCUUCAGGAGCAGCUGCGAGACGCCCUGGAGAAGAACCAUAACUGGCUUGUUUAUGACCAGCAGCGAGAGGCCUACGUUCAGGGCGUUUUGGCCAGAACCAAAGAGUUAGAGACGCAGUUAAAUGAAGCAAAUCAAGCACUCCAACAACAGCACAAAGAAGCCAAUUCAGAUGGCCUGUCCGGGCAGGUGGCUCAGCAUGAACUUGAGGCCGAACUCGCCCGAGUCACCCGGAUCCAGACAGAACUGGAGGAUCUGAGAGGAAGGUAUGAGGAGAAGAGCAGGGAAGCGGCUCAGGCGCGGGAGGAGAAGAAGCGCGAGCGGGAGGCUCUGCAGGAGGAGAGGAAGUGUUCAUCAGAGCGAAUCGCUCGACUGCAGAGAGAGCUGGACGAGGAGAGGAGGAGGGUGGCUGAAUUACUCAUGCAGGUGAAUCUACUGCAGAAAUCCCUGAUGACUCAGCAGGAAGAGCAGAAAAGAAUGGCUAUUUUGGAACAACAGAUCCAGUUGUCGGCCAGAGAAUCUGAAAAUGAAAAACUGGACCGUCAGACUCUACAGCACCAGCUGCAUAAAGUUUUGAAAGAGCUUCGUAAAGCCAGAGACCAGAUUACACGCCUGGAGUCUGCCAAACAGCAGAGAGAGUCUCGUUUUUCUGAGCCCAGCUCCUGUAACAGGAUGGAUUUUGAGAGACUGACUAUUCAAGAUCGAACCAAGUCUCCAUCUAAAGUCCACAACUUACUAGAUGAGAGUUUGCUGGAGUGUCCAAACUGUGGAGCUUCCUACCCCACCAGCCAGCACCGAGAGCUGCUCGCCCACCUCGACUACUGCUUCAGCUGAAACACAAAUCUCAUGAUGUAGGAGGAUUUUUAUUAUAGUCACCAUUCCAAAGAAUUGUUUCAGUAUUUUAUAUCCACAAGUAUUUUAUGACUGUUUUUAAGAAUAGUGUCAAAUUUGAUUUUUAUUUUUUUUAAGGGAAUCUUCUUUUGAAUAUUCACAAAAGUAUCAGUUUACGUGGGGUUAAUUUAAAAUAUUUUAAUUUAUGAACUCAGAUGUACAUGUUAUUUUCUUAGUUCUCUUUUGGUGAUAAGGUUGUUCGUUUAUAUGCAGUUUUUUUUUUUAUACGUGCAAUUAAAAAAAAACGAUAUUUAGCAUAUAACCUUUUUUUCAAUCAGUGUUGUAAGAUUAUUAACAGAGUCUUUCACUGAACUGUGUACUCCACGUAUAUAUGAAUAAAGGACAAAGACUGUG